AUGCGCUCCUUCGUCCGGCUGGCACCAGCACUGCAGCGCGCCUGCCAAGCCGCGAGGGCACCGGAGCCAGGCAGGGCUCCGAGACCGGCCUGGGCGUAUGCGGCUGGGAUCGCAGGAGCGGGCCUUCUGGCCGGCGUGGCAAAGGGCUCCUGUGGCUGUGAGGUCGCUCACCGCCAGACGCUGGGAGCUCCAGUGGCCACAAACCAAGAAGUACCAAAGGACGGGGAGCUCCGAGUCAUAAGCCUGAAGGAGCUCAGAAGCCACAAUAACUUGGAGGAAGGUUUAUGGAUUUCGUACCAUGGGCACGUGUACGACAUUACCAACUUCGCCAAGAUCCAUCCUGGCGGCCCAGGAAGGAUUCAGAUGGCGGCUGGAAGCGACCUCCAAAAGUAUUUCGACGUUUAUCAUGUACACCCGGACGUCAGCAAGUUCCUUGACAGGACUUGCCUGGUGGGCCGCCUGACACCGAAGGACGCCAAGAGGUCCUACGACGAGACGAUUUUUUUUUUUUUUUUUGAGAACGAGCCGCCGAGGAAGCUGCAGCAAACGAUUGCGACAGCUCCCCGCUGGGCCAACCUCAUGGGCAAGUAUCUGCUCGACUCCUUCAGAACUCCCUUGUCUGGAUUCUAUGUGAGGAAUCAUUUCCCAGUGCCAAGCUGGGAGGAUGUCGAAGAGGAGUAUGAGUUUGAGGUCAGCGUUCCAGGCAAGGAUGGCAAGGUCUUCAGACUCAAGGACCUACGAUCAAUGCAGCAGAACGCAGUGGAAGCUACAAUGAUUUGUGGCGGGGCUGCACUCUAUCCAAGAUACCUGCAUCGUACUGACAACAGAGAGACAUGGGAAAAGGAGGCUUUCCCAAGAAAUGAAAUCAACAACAACUUUUGGGGCAGCCAUGCUGUCUGGACGGGCGUCAAGUGCCGAGACGUGCUGCGUAUGUGUGGGGUCGAUGUUGAUGCCAUCGCCCUGGGCACAAAGCCGCUCCCUGCAAAGUAUCUGCGACUCACCGGCCAUGAUGCAGAUGAGACAGGCUCCAGCUUUGGUGUCACGAUCCCGUUAGAAAAGGCGAUCGAUCCCUUUGGCGAUGUAAUUCUCGCUAUGACCAUGAAUGGCGAGCCGCUCCCUCCCGACCACGGCUACCCUGUUCGGGUGCUUGUGCCGGGUUAUGCAGGCGUGCGAAACUGCAAGUGGCUGGCGAAGAUGGAGUUGGCCGACGAGCUGCACGAAAGCCACGUCGACACGCACACCGAUGAGGUGAUUUAUCCUCCAAACAUGACGUUUGAGGACCAUCUCGCCAAGACUUCGCUGACAGGCGGCACGGUCCAAAGGGCCGGUAGAUGGGAGGUGCAGCAGGACAACGACAUCUUCAGAGUCAUGGAGACUCGGCGAAAGUCCGGGCAGGAGGCAUCGAAGGUCGCAGCUGAUGGCAUCGAGGUUCGCGGCAUUGCCUUGGGUGGCGGCGGCCACCGCAUCGCCCGCGUGGAUGUCUCCAUUGACGGAGGUAAGACCUACGUGCCGGCUGAUUUGGACGACCAUGGCAUGGAGAAGGUCCACAGAAGGAACUAUCAUUGGUCGUGGUACUGGUGGUCCAAGAAGGUGCCUCUCACCGAGGACAUGAAGGGCCAGCUUGCCAAAGGGCAGCCCCUUACCCUCCAGGUGGCGUCUCGUGCCAUGACGGAGCACGGUAACACGCAGCCCAGCCGCGAAGAUGCCGUGUCCUUGUACAACCUCGUGGGUAAUAUCUGCAACUACCAAACCCACACACCUGUCCUGAUCCAGCCCAGCACCGCAAAAGCCGCAUAA